AGCACAAUGCACGGAGAAAACCCCUCUCUCUGUAGGAACCUGUCAGCUAUCUGCACCGAGAGAUGAUACGGCGUGAUUUGGUGUAAAUGUUACAUCGAGGCAAUAGGCCAGGCAGGAAAUUGGGAGUACGGCUGAAACAUACGGCUUUGUUACCCAGCAGCUCGUCAGCUUGUGUGUGUGUGAGAGAGAAGGGAGCGUGUGUGUGUGCUCGAAGUGCCUAUGGCGGAGUUUGGAGAGGACGGCAGCCUGCCUCCAUUGAAUCCCGAGGAUACUGCCGUGCCCAGCGACAAGGCAGCUGGUAAGACGCAUUGCGAAGUGUCGGUCUUGAAUGGAGACUGUGGGAUAUCUGAAAAUAUGGUCGGCUCGGGAUCCCUCGUCGCACCUGGCAGUCAAACCGGGGUGGACAACGCCAACACCUCUGCCGGUCUGGACACCAAAUCUGAAAUACCACGCAGGAGCAGCAUUAUCAAGGAUGGAAAACAGCGGAAGGAAAGAAAGAAGACUGUCUCAUUCAGCAGCAUGCCCACUGAGAAGAAGAUUAGUAGUGCAAGUGAUUGCAUCAGUGCCAUGGUGGAUGGCUCUGAGCUCAAAAAAGUGCGAUCCAAUUCGCGCAUUUACCAUCGCUACUUUCUCCUUGAUGCCGACAUGCAGUCUUUGAGAUGGGAGCCUUCAAAGAAGGAAAUAGACAAGGCAAAAAUCGAUGUAAAAUCUAUCAAAGAGGUUCGGACAGGCAAAAACACAGAUACUUUUAGAACUAAUGGAACCUAUGAUCAGAUAUCAGAGGACUGUGCUUUCUCUGUCAUUUUUGGGGAGAACUAUGAGUCCCUAGACUUGGUGGCGAACACUGCAGAUGUAGCCAACACGUGGGUCACAGGGCUGAGGUACCUGAUAUCCUAUGGGAAACAUACCUUAAAUAUGAUUGAGAGCAGUCAGAACAACAUGCGCUCAUCGUGGUUAGGUGAGCUUUUUGAUGAGGAGGAUACUACAAACAGCAAGCAACUUUCUAUAUGCACUGCUGUGCAGCUGGUCAAAAAGUUGAAUCCAGGACUCAAAAAUGUGAAAAUAGAAUUGAAAUUCAAGGAGCUGCAUAAAGUUAAGGACAAAUCAGGUUCGGAUGUGACAAAAGAGGAGUUCAUUGAAGUCUUUCACGAUCUUUGUACCAGACCAGAAAUAUAUUUUCUCUUUGUUCAGUUUUCCAGUAAUAAAGAAUUUCUUGAUACCAAGGACUUAAUGAUAUUUCUGGAGGCAGAACAGGGAAUGGCACAAGUCAGCGAAGAGACCAGCUUUGAGGUAAUUCAGAAUUAUGAGCAAUCGAAAGAAGGCCAGCUCAAAGGUUGGCUGUCUUUGGACGGAUUCUCUAACUAUCUUAUGUCCUCAGAGUGCCAUAUAUUUGACCCUGAACAUAAAUCAGUCUGCCAAGACAUGAACCAACCCUUGUCCCACUACUACAUCAAUGCAUCACACAACACCUAUCUGAUAGAAGAUCAGUUCAGAGGCCCCUCUGAUGUGACAGGCUAUAUCCGUGCUCUCAAGAUGGGCUGCCGCAGCGUAGAGCUGGAUGUGUGGGACGGACCUGAUAAUGAACCUGUAAUUUACACUGGUCACACAAUGACCUCACAGAUAGUUUUUCGCAGUGUCAUUGAUGUUAUUAACAAAUAUGCCUUUGUUGCCUCUGAGUUUCCAUUGAUACUGUGCUUAGAAAACCACUGCUCCUUGAAGCAACAGAGAGUCAUGUUCCAGCACCUAAAGAAAAUCCUUGGAGACAAGCUCCACCUAGAUCCUCCAAAACCUGAGGACUGUUACCUUCCGUCUCCUAAUGAACUGAAGGGGAAGAUCCUACUGAAGGGUAAGAAGUUGGGCACAAACUGCACUGCUUCAGAAGGUGAGGUGACAGAUGAGGAUGAGGGGGCAGAGAUGUCUCAAAGGAUGAGCAUUGAGACUGCUGAACAACAGACAGUUGCACUCAAGAAAUUUCAGCUGUCCAAGGACCUCUCUGAUCUGGUGACUUUGUGCAAGUCUGUGGAGUUCAAAGACUUCCCAACAUCUUUCCAGAAACAAAAGCAUUGGGAGCUGUGCUCUUUCAAUGAAGUCUUUGCCAGUCGCUGUGCUAGUGAAUUCCCAGGUGACUUUGUUAACUAUAACAAGAAGUUCCUAGCACGGGUUUACCCUAGUCCCAUGCGGAUUGACUCCAGCAACAUGAAUCCACAAGAUUUCUGGAAGUGUGGCUGUCAGAUUGUAGCAAUGAACUACCAGACUCCUGGCCUGAUGAUGGAUUUAAACAUUGGCUGGUUCCGUCAGAAUGGGAACUGUGGCUAUGUUCUGCGUCCAGCGAUCAUGAGGGAGCAGGUUUCAUAUUUCAGCGCCAACACUAAAGAUUCAGUGCCUGGUGUUUCUCCACAGCUCUUGCACAUCAAGAUUAUCAGUGGACAAAACUUCCCAAAACCCAAAGGCUCAGGUGCCAAAGGAGACGUAGUAGAUCCCUACGUGUAUGUCGAAAUACACGGCAUUCCCGCCGACUGCGCUGAGCAAAGGACUAAAACGGUCAACCAAAACGGGGACAACCCUCUGUUUGACGAGAGCUUCGAGUUUCAGAUAAACCUCCCUGAACUUGCAAUGGUGCGCUUUGUAGUGCUGGAUGACGACUAUAUCGGCGAUGAGUUUAUCGGUCAAUACACAAUCCCGUUUGAGUGUCUGCAGCCAGGUUUCCGCCAUGUUCCGCUGCAGUCUCUGACAGGGGAAGUCCUGCCACAUACCUUAUUGUUUGUUCAUGUGGCAAUAACCAAUCGAAGAGGAGGCGGCAAACCUCACAAAAGGGGGCUGUCUGUACGAAAAGGCAAGAGGAGUAGAGAGUAUGCAAGCAUGAGGGUGCUAUUGAUCAAAGCUCUGGAUGAUGUCUUCAAAACAGCCAUUCAGCCACUGAGAGAGGCAACAGACCUCAGAGAAAACAUGCAGAAUGCCAUAGCGUCCUUUAAAGAGCUGUGCGGCCUUUCAGCGGUGGCUAACCUGAAGCAGUGCAUCUUGGCCCUUUCCCCUCGACUGACUGGGCCUGACAAUAACCCCCUUCUGGUGUUCAACCUCACUGAGCAGUACCCCAACUUAGAGCCUCAAGGCCUGCUACCGGAGGUCCUAAAGAAAGUCGUUACCACAUAUGACAUGGUAAUCCAGACCAGCAAGGCGCUGCUAGAGAGCUCAGAGGGGGUGUACGAGAGAAUCCUCCAAACCCAAAAAGCAGCUAUGGAAUUUCACGAGAACCUCCACGACCUGGCUGUGAAGGAAGGCUUGAAAGGCAGAAAGCUGCACAAGGCUGUGGAGAGCUUCACGUGGAACAUCACCAUUCUCAAGGGCCAGGCGGAUCUACUGAAGCACGCCCGAAGCGAAGUCCAGGAGAACCUCAAGCAGAUCCACUAUGCCGCGCUCACCUGUAAACUGACUAAAGGUAGCGCAGUGAGCGGUUCCUUCGGCUCCUCUGAGUCCAAGAGCAGAUGCAGCCUCGAGGCCAUCCCUGAGAAGGCCAUGGCGGAGGAAGAGCUGACGGAUGAGGACAACUAAAGACCCGCACACCUGACGCCCACACCUCCACUCUGUUCCUGCCCCCUGAGCUCAAAACCCAAAGCUUGCUUUCACUCCUUUGGUCCUUCACCAGUCCGUGUCUUUACCCAGACACUGCUCUGUGCACGCUAGUGUUUCUUCACAUUCCAUCACAAACAUUCCUGCAUCCCAAGCGCAGCUUUAACCUCUCCAACUUCUGCCAUCAGUAAAAUGCUGCUGCUUUUCCAGGCACGGGCUCAGUUCACCGAACAGUUUCACUGCAAGUUUAUUCAAGUCUAGAAAACUGGUAAAUUACUAAUGAAGCAUUUGCUACACAUGUGCCACCAAACCUUCCCAGUCAUCAAGCUCAGAUCUCUACAUCCUCCACCCCACUGCACAAGUUUGCUGCCAUUCCUCUGACCCCAACUCUUCUCCUGAUUGAACCAGGAGAGAUGAGUGAACUACCAGCCACGAGACUGUUUAAGACAUUCAGCUACUGUUUGGAGACAGUGCACUUCUACUCAGCAGAACAGGUGUUAAGAAAAGAUAUGAAGGAAAAAAAGCCGCGGAUUGUUUUAAGAGAUUUCCUAAAGCACAAUUUUCUGGAUUUACUGUAUGAAUGUAACGGGACAGGAGGAACAACAAGCCGACGGAAGAAGUCAAUAAAUGGUAGACGAACACAUGUGAAUGGGAGUAAAGAGCUGUUUACAAUACUGAACCAUGUUUUUGUCUGCCAAAACAGUAUACUAUAUGUAUAUAUGGAGUUUUCUGUUACCUUUUUUUCUGCAGAGUGCAUCAUUUUAUUAUUGUACACUUGGAAAUACAAGAUUUAUUUUAUAAAAGAUAUAUGAAUAUGUCUGUGGAAAUACAAAGUUUUAUUUGUCUGUGGACAUCUGGUAACGAGGUUUAUCACGAGAAGUGACCCGAGUUUUCCCGGCGGAGCGCUCCAACAAGUCGAGGCAGAAGGAUGAAUAAGAGAAUGUAUUCAUACAGUUUCUUUGGUGCAAACAACAACAAAGUCUCAAAAUUCUGAACCAGCAACUGCACGGAAGAAACCGGUGACUGGACGUUAAUGCACUCAACAGCUCGCAGUUUUAAUCACAUUUUAGCAUUUCAUGGGGGAAUAUCUUGGGCUUUUAUUUUUGGAGCGUGCUCCUCCCACACGAGUGCUGAAACCUGUAAUAAAUAUUAAAAAGAUUAGAGAUUUCUUCCAAGAAAAAAAAAGCCCAACCAAUUCCACAGAUAUUCAAAAUAAACCAAAUGAGAAAUCUGUUCUGGCUGUGGGAAAAAAAGAAACCUCAUCAGCCUGUUUUCUUGUAAUUACUUGGUUUUGCUGAGCAGAAUCAUUGAAUAGAUCCUACAGGGACUCAUCUCAAGGCUUCAAACACUGCCGCUCUCUAAGACAGCUGAAGACAUGCGCACCAUACGCACCUUUGGCCUCUGUCUUGGUGCAAAGGUCACAGUAAUAUUAAAUGGAUUUUCAAUGGUUUUGAAAACAACAACCAAAUAAAAAUAAUUAACAAAGAACCGAAUUAAAUAGAACAAAUUAUUGACCCCCAAAAAAGUGCUGGAUGAGCCUUAAUCUUAUUACACCUACUAUUUUUAACAGACGAAAACAACCACAAGUCAAAACCAGUGUUCAACAAACCGUGAUAAUCAUCAACCAUUACACAGUCCACAACAGCGCUUUCCCCAUUUGUUUAAGAAAACCCAAAGCUAGCGAUUGAUCCCAUCGUCAUUAGAAGCGUUUACGUUAUUCAGAAAGCGAAGAAGUCGGUAUUUUACCAGAGAUUCCCCUACCGUCAGAGGUUUUUUGCACCCAGAGUCAUCGCCCCCCUGCUGGCCAUGAAAGAAUACAAGUUUAAGGCACAUUAGCUUCUCUUUUAAGACCUGGAAGCCGCAUCCAUCUUUUAUACUUUCCAUGUUUGAGAUGCUGAGAGAAACUCAAGUGCACUUGGUGCCUGGAAGGUCUGGGUAGGAGAGAGUAAUGUUGGCCAAGGUGCAGGGAAACCAUUGUGAGUACACGUUAAGUCACAAGUUUUAGUUGCGUUUGUUCAAUACUAAAUACUGAUUGGCUAUAUUUAUAAAACCCUGCAAACUGAAAUUUUAACCUGUGCAUUUACUUGUAACACCAGGUCCUCCACAAACCUUUAGUUGAAAGUAAAACCUGUCUUGUUAUUGCAGUACCCCGGUGCACCAUGGCAGAGGUGCCACAGGACUCCUUGUGUGUCUGAGACGUUAGCAGCUUUGAUAAGAAUGGCAGUAUUUGACACCACGGGUAUGAGAACACGCUGCACUCACUUUGUAUGGGAAGUACAAAAACAAAAGGCUAUGGAUUCAGUUUACGCCACAAAGAUGUUUCCCUGAAAUGCUUCAUUUUGCAUAGCACCACUUGUCCACUUUUAAGUUCUCACAUGACGAAAAACUGUAUCAGACAGCUCAAGCAGUUUCUGUCUGUGAUUAACAGCACUUUGACAACCCUUUGUAAGAAUAUAAACUCAGGUCUGAAGAGAUGGCAGAGAAGGACACCGACUUCAAAGUAAUAAAAGCUUCAUAACCAUUCCUGGUGACAGAGCAGCAAUCGAGCCACAGUUACUCUUUGAUUAAACUGUGCCUCGUUACUGCUAACUAAAACCAAGUGCAAGCAGGGACUGAGAAAAGGGUGUUGUCUUUAAACAUGACUUUACUGUUACGUUCCUCCAUUGACGAGCCGGCUUGCUUUUCAUUUGUCCCUCCAAUAUUAUCUCUAUUUAUAAUGUCACAAUAGUAAAGUAGAUAUUUUUAAUUACUGGACAAAGGAGGCCUAGAAAAUGAUGUAAAAUGCAUCUGACAUUUCAGAGCCUUUAAAAGGAGGCCGGUUAUCCUCGUCUUUCAUAUAUACAUUAAAAAUAGUGGAUGUUCAUAUUUAACAUGGCCAGUUUCAAAUAUGGAGAUCAGCCUUUGUGUGAGUGACCUCUGUGGGCCUCCUGCUAUCCAACUGUGAGAGCGGAUAUCCCUAAUGUGGUCACCUGAGGUGCACAGAAGCCCCACCCACCAAUUUAAAUGAUUUGUUCAUGAGGGGCAGCCAAUCAAGAGAAUCUGGUUUAGAUCAGACAGAUGAUGACCUGAGGGACGGCGCCGAGGAUUAUUCUGAAAGCUACUCUACACGAGUCCAACAAUAAUGUGUUGGACCACAGAAGGUCUCCUUUUGAAAAUUUUCAAUAGGAGUAUCUAUUUGUUGCCUUAUGGGCAGAGCUUAAUGAUCUGUGGAGAGUACAAAUUAAGUCAGUGCGACUUUGACACUGGUGUUGCGAUUUAGGAAGAUCCAGGAUCAUAAAUCGAUAAAGCGAUAAGGCUGAAACCUUAAAAGUUUAACUUUGUGACUCUGCUCACCAGCUGCCCAUCUUUUACACUCAGCAAACAUCACUUGGGUUGUGGCACGAUUUUUCUUUUAAAACAGGGUGGAAGCCCUUUUCAAACAAGCCGAACAUUAAUAUCUUUGUCCACAGAAUAAAAAUGAUUUAACUGCUAGCUGUCAGUGUAGCCAAACACAUCCAUAAAUGUCUGCAUCCUUUUUCAAAUUCUUCCUCGUUGCUCAUGAUGAUGUGCGUUUUUUUCUUUUCUUUUUUUUUUAAAAUGCUGUCCACACUUCCUGCAGAUCAUGAACCCACAACAAGACGUCAGUGCUGUGCCAGUUGGCGUAUUACAGUUGUUGUUGAGAGCAUUUCAGCUGUAUUUCAAGUCUGUUUACCUGUCAAAUAAAAAAGAAAAUGAACUCAAUAAACAUUGUUGGAUAGAU